AUGGUGAAGCCAAGCCCUUUUCACGUCAAGGUUUGCCUCGACAUCAAGUGGCUCACGGACGGAGAUGGUUCUCACUCGCCAGAGAGCCGUUGGGGCAUCUUCGCGCUCGUCACGCCCGAGGGAACGGUGAAGGACAGCUCUGUGUGCAACAAGCUUGCGGAGAUUUGGAAUACCGAGACGCUUCGGGCCCGCGGGGCGCAGGGUAAGAUUGCGGUGGAGCCAGAAGACUGGGACGAAGCGAGGCUCAGGGCACUCUGCGCCCGCCACGGCUGGCAGUUUGAGUGGAUGACCGAGGAGGGCGAGAAGAAGCGGCGCAUCGAAGGCGCCGGAAGGGCGCGGAAGGCAGCAGAAAAGGCGAGCCAGAAGGAGUCAUCAAAGGGUGGCGCCUGGUGGCGCCUGGACUCCGUAGCCAAAGCCUUUGCCUUCGGCAACAAGCCGCAGAACAAGGCGAAGAUCCAACCGCCGCAGAGAAAGAAGUCGAUGACGGGAGGCGAGAAAGUCACCCAAGCGGGCGCUGACCCAUCGGUGGCGAAAGUGAAGUCAGAGGAGACGCUGAAGCCGGUGUAUUCAGCAUCUUAUGCUUUACGCUCGGUACCCGGCCUGAAAAUGGAAGGGCAGGCGAACCUCCGCGAAGCUGCGGAGGGACGUCGGUCACUGGUGGACUCAUUCCCUCCCCUCGCAGGAGCGAUACAGAACAUUGGCAGCAGCACGAACAGCCUUCUCGACAAGUACCACGAAGUGGCCGAGGAGCGGAAGAAGCUGCACAACCUCGUUCUGGAGCUGAAGGGAAACAUCCGAGUCUUCGUGCGGGUCCGGCCGAUGAGCGAGAAGGAGAAAACUGCCGAGGUCGAAGGGGAAGCGACGAUCACCUUCGCGGAGGACAACAAGGUGUCCGUCUACGACGCGAAUCAGCAAAGACGCAAGUGGUUCGAGUUUGAUCAGGCCUUCCAGCCCAAGAGCCUGCAGCAGGAGGUCUUUGAGGAGGUCAAACCUUUGGCCACAUCUGUGCUGGAUGGCUACAAUGUCUGUAUCUUCGCUUAUGGCCAAACCGGCUCGGGCAAGACCUUCACCAUGACGGGCAAUCCGGAGAAUCCAGGCCUGAACACCCGGGUGCUCAAGGAGCUCUUCCGGAUCCGCGAGCAGCGGAAGGAGGAAAUUGACAUCAGCAUCUCGCUGUCUGUGACUGAGAUCUACAACGAGCAGAUCAAGGAUCUCUUCAAUCCAGACAGUGCAAAGAAGAAGCUGGAUGUCAAGCAGAACCCCGAUGGCACGAAUACCGUGCCAGGGUUGACGGAGCGGCCGGUAAGUAGCGUCGAGGAGGUCCUGCAGUUCAUGGCGGAGGCUCAGUCGAACCGCACGGUGAUGGCCACCGACAUGAACGAGGAGUCCAGUCGUUCCCACAGCAUCGUGCAGGUGAAGACGGUGAAUGUGAACCGGAAGGACAACUCCCAGUACCUCGGCAAGAUCAACCUCAUCGAUCUGGCCGGCUCCGAGAACGUGAACAAGUCCGGCGUGCAGGGUCAGGGCAUGCGCGAGGCGCAGAACAUCAACAAGAGCCUCUUUGCCCUGGGCGAUGUGAUCGCCUCCCUGGUUUCCAAGAGCUCGAAAAGUGCCGGCCACGUUCCCUACAGGAACUCCAAGCUCACUAUGAUGCUCAAGGACUCACUUGGAGGUGACUCCAAGACGAUGAUGAUUGUGCAGUGCUCACCAGCCCAGAGCAACGUCACCGAGACCCUCAGCUCGCUGAACUUCGCAUCCCGUGCCCGGAAUGUCGAGCUGGGCAAGGCAAAGCAGCACAAGUCCUGA